UGCUUUGGAAACAGCUAGGAUUGUCGCUAGAGAUAUCGCUGGAGGUGACCCCGAAAGAAUGUCACCAGUAAAAAUUGUUGAUUAUGUAAAAAAGACUUUCGCUGGUUGCAGUAACGUGGUCAUAACUGCUUUUGAUGAUGAUAAAUACAUUAAAGAGGAGUUCCCGCUUUUGGCAGCUGUAUCUAGAGCAUCCAAUCGCGUAGAUAGGCAUAAACCUUGUGUGCUACAAAUAGUAUACACUCCUUCGAACGAAGCUAGAGUCACUGAAACUCUAAUGCUGAUCGGUAAAGGAGUAACUUACGACACAGGCGGCGCUGACAUCAAGAUAUCAGGCAAAAUGGCUGGAAUGUCUAGAGAUAAAAGUGGAGCAGCAGCCGUAGCUGGAUUCAUAAAGGCCUGCUCCAUACUUAAACCACCACAUCUAAAGGUCAUCGGGACCCUCUGUCUCUGCAGGAACUCUAUUGGGGCGGAUUCUUACGUGGCUGAUGAAUUACUAGUCUCCAGAAGCGGUAAAACUGUUAGAGUGACGAACACAGAUGCGGAAGGUCGAUUCGCAAUGGCUGAUGCACUUUUCAAGCUGGGGGAAGUCGCUAAUAAGCAUAUAAAUCCACAUAUCUACACUAUAGCAACCUUGACAGGGCAUGCUAGGGCUUGCUAUGGAGGAUAUAUAGCUGCAAUGGAUAACUACGCUGCUAGAGCGACGAACCACUCUAACAGACUUCAGUUCAGCGGUACUAGGGUCGCAGAAGGCAUAGAAGUGUCUGUGAUAAGACCUGAAGAUCUCUCAGUCAAUGAUGGUAAAUGCAAAGGCGAUGAUCUUAUUCAAGUGGACAUGGAAGCGAAGGCUCGUCAUCAUCAGCUCGCCGCCGGGUUUCUGAUUAAAGUAGGGGGUCUGGAGGAUAGGAAUGUCAAAUAUACUCAUCUGGAUAUCGCUGGAGCAGCCGGGUCGCCUCCUGAAGAACCUACGGCUGUGCCUAUUCUCACUUUAUGCCAUUUGCACAAAGUUACAACACUGUAAGGUUAUUUUUAAACUUUUCCCGGGAGAGCACUUUUGUUUUUAAUCGUUUUUUUGGUCCCCUCUCGAGGCUAAUAUAUAGCAUCUAGUAGCGCAGGAUAAAGGAUACGGAACAAGACCGCGUAAAAGACCUAUGUGAUGGACUGUCCAGAUCAAAUCUGCCAUGGAACGACCCCUGAACGAACUUGUCUGAAUAAUCACCAACCGCGGAAAAUGGCCAGAAAUCGUAGCUGAAAUGACAAGCAACAUCUGUGCCUGAUGUUAUCAGUUGACCACGACACUCUGCAAAGAGUGUAACGACUCAGAAGAAGAGCAGUACUAACAAUUGAAGCAGGUGAUAAUAUCAGCAUUCUACUAUACACAGUGCGGUGAUGAUAUGAGCAUUCUACUUCUGAUACACGGUCCAUAUUCGACAGAGCUUCACACCAAAGAAAGCCUAACUAAAAAACUCAGUACAGUCAAAGAUAAUUCAAGACAAAUAAUAAAUACUAAAUAUAUUAUUUUAAGCCAACUUACCACAAGCUUGAUAAAUUGAUACUUAAUCGUAUAUUUAUCAUUUAGAUCUUUAUUUUUUUUUAAGCUUUCCGUAACCAUUUUAACGAAGUAAGAAGUAAGUAGGUUCUGUGUUAUACUUCGUUUUUUUAGCAUCAAAAAAAGGUAAACAAUUUUGGCGUGUCUUUUUAUCGAAAAUUAUUGAAAAACGCUUUUAAAAAAUUAGUUUAUAAGGUACUUAUGAAAGCAAAAAAAUUAAAAUAAUCGUAAAUGAUUUGAUUUAUUUUUCAAACGUGUUUUGUAAUAUAAUAAAUAAUCACGUCAAGAUCGCUUCCCUUCUUUCUAAUGUUAAAAAAGCGGCCAAGUGCGAGUCGGACUCGCCCAUGAAGGGUUCCGUACCAUUUAUGACGUAUCAAAAAAAAACUACUUACUAGAUCUCGUUCAAACUAAUUUUCGGUGGAAGUUUGAAUGUAUAUCAUAUUUUUUUUUUAGAUUUUUCAUUCUCUUAUUUUAGACAUUUUUUCACAUUGGAAGUGUUUCUCGUGCAAACUAUUCAGUUUAGAAAAAAAUUAUAUUAGGAACCUAAAUGUCAUUUUUGAAGACCUAUCCAUAGAUACCCCACACGUAUGGCUUUGAUGAAAUAAUUUUUUUUUUUUAAUUUUAUGAUGUAUUAAAAAAAACUACUUACUAGAUCUCGUUCAAACCAAUUUUCGGUGGAAGUUUGCAUGGCAAUGUAUAUCAUAUAUUUUUUUUUUUUUUUUUUCAUUCUGUUAUUUUAGAAGUUACGGGGGGGGGACACAUUUUACCACUUUGGAAGUGUCUCUCGCGCAAACUAUUCAGCUUAGAAAAAAAUGAUAUUAGAAACCUCAAUAUCAUUUUUAAAGACAUAUAUAUCUAUAGAUUCCCCACACGUAUGGGUUUGAUGAAAAAAGAUUUUUUGAGUUUCAGUUCUAAGUAUGGGGAGCCCCCAAAAUUUAUUGUUUUUUUUUUCUAUUUUUGUGUAAAAAUCUUAAUGCGGUUCAUAGAAUACAUCUACUUACCAAGUUUGAACGGUAUAGCUCUUAUAGUUUCGGAAAAAAGUGGCUGUGACAUAAUCGGACAUGACGAAUCUAUAAGGGUUCCGUUUUUUGCCAUUUGGCUACGGAACCCUAAAAACAACGAACUCUAGUAAGAAUUGAUACUUAACUAGUAGAAAGUAUAAGUACCUAAGUAAUUACUUAUUUUGAAAAUUAUUUUACCAACAUGUUUAUUUAUUUUUCAAUUCAUCAAUCAUAAUAUGUAUUUAUGUCAUGAUAAUCAGAUGUCAAAGUCUCUUACUCUAUUUGUAAACGCUGGUGUCCUGAAAGAUAAGAUAAUUUUUGUUUGUUAAGAUUACGUUGUGAUAAGGGAAUUAUAAUUGUUGUAAUAAAAUGAUACUACCUGUUGUAUAUUUGA